UUUGGUCAAAUCAGUAUCAGUCUACAAACGAUCAAAGCAUAACAAGCAUUACAGCAAGCACUUCAAUAUUUUAUUUCAUUUAAAUCACUGCAAAUAAACAGGAAAUCUACAGAAAUGGCUUUCAAAUUCAUCGUACUCUCCGCACUUUUGGCUGUGGCCAGCGCUGGUGUUUUGCAACCGGUCACCUACGCUCAUGUCGCCAAUCCCGCUGUGGAUGCCGUUGCUUCCAGUCACCAGAAUGUCGUGCGCACUUUCGAUGGUACCGUCUCGCAGUACUCGAAAACCAUCCAGACUCCCUACUCCAGCGUACACAAGUCGGACACACGCGUCAGCAACAACGUCUACCAACCCGCUGUGGCCAAGACUGUCUAUGCCGCCCCAGCUCCAGCUGCUGUCUACGCUCAUGCCGCUCCAGUUGCUAAGACCGUGACCUACGCUGCUCCUGCACCCGCCGCUGCUUUGUACACACACGCUACUCCCGUUGUAAGCAAGGAUGUGUACGCUCCAUCUCAACCUCACGCUCUGGUUGCUGCUCCAGCUGUUGCCAAGACUGUCACCUAUGCCGCUCCAGCUCCAUUGUAUCAUCAUGAAGUGCCCGUAGCUAAGGCUGUAAGCUAUGCUGCUCCAGCUCCCGUCUACCACCAAGCUGCUCCUGUUGCAAUCCACUACUCUCCAGCUGCGACCGCCUCACACAUGAGCUUCGAUGGUUUCGGUACCCACUGGGGUUGGUAAAUAUUUUCUAAACACUUUUUGAGUGUUUCGAAAAUGUUAUAUUCUUCUUAAUAUGAUUGUUAUUGUUUUAUGUUUGUUUUGUUAUUAUUUCGAAUAAAAUAUCUUGUUUUGCAAAUUAAAA